AUGUGGCAAAACAGCCAACAGUCUCAACAACAACAGCCGCAAUAUCAUCCUCUUGUUCAUCCUCAUCAUCCUCAUCCACAACAAGAGCAACAGCAGCAACAACAACAGCAGCUUUCUCCUUCUAUAGCCCGAUUGUCCCGUUCGCCCACCUCUCCUUCUAUCGGAUCUCCGCUGCCACUUUCGCAUCAGUUUCACCAGAUCCUGCCAGAAGCAGGCCUCAGGCGACGAUUUCCAAGAGACCAUUCGGCUUCAGUCACCUCUGCCCUGACAACCCAGCCGGCCGAUUCCCUGCUGGCCGGCUCGUCGGGUCAACAACAGUCAAGAUUCAUCCCGAUUUCCGUUGCCAUAGACACCGGCGUGACGAAUGCUCAGGCUGUGCAGAGAGUGCAUCAAAGUCCGGACAGCCUGAGGCCACAUCUCGUCACUUCGAGCAUUUGGCAGACGCACCGAUUUGUACAGCCAGCCACGGAGACCUGUCAACGAGAAUUGGCUGCUGAGGUGGCCAAAGGGGUGUCAGACGUGCCGGUCUCGCAUCAUCACUCCCUCAACAGUGCUCGCUCGCCGUGUCUUUAUCCACGAUUGGCCUCUUUCGGACUUCGCUGUCGAGGGCGUGAUACCUGA